GUGCGACAGGACUUACGUGCACUGUCACUUUGGAGUAACUUCGGCCAAGUCGGUGGGAAUCUUGUGACUCACUGUGUGUCCCGAAGCAGCGUGACAAGUUGGGAGAAGGGGAGGAAAAGCUCUCGCAUCACUAUUUUUAAAUGGGUACUGCGAGAUUUGGGGGGCGUGGACGGUAGAGGAGCAGCAGUGAGCAUGUUGGCUCCUGGCUGCAGCUCCAGUGUAGUGAUGUGCCGGGUGGAGGAACUGGACUACGCGUAGACUGAGCGGCUGUUGGACGCGGAACCGUGAGGUUGCCGUCAUUCGUCGGCAGCCGACUUUCUGUCAUUUUGAAGCCCGUUUUGUAUCAUUUGGAUUUAUUUAUUCAUUGCACUGUCGUUUUGCGAUACAGAGGACUACAAGGAAGCGGGAUCAUCCGUGAAAACGACGCAGCAGCUGCCGUGCGUAACGGACGAAAUCUGGGCAAGCAGCUAUUUGAAUGACAAUAGUUUGAGCAACGGCUAUCUUAUUUGUUAAAGAAAUCCUUAAUAUUCGGUUUGACUGUGCAUGGAAGCCUAAAUCAAUUACAUGCUAAAAUUACGUUUGGGAUUUGAAAUCCCAAGUGAAACUGAAGUGAUUCUAAUGUGUAAAUAUUGACAGGUGUUACAGUCAUACUGUCCGUCAGGCUGAGCCUUUAAUUCACUUAAAGCUCUGUUUUUAUGUCUGAAAACACUGCGGACAAAAGAGGUUUAGGUUAACAAACAGUAGGCAUGGAUAAUCCACGAAUGAUUUAAUGCGAUCACGUUUUCUUCCCUAAUACUCAAAGAUAGGAUAUGUUUUAGCGACCUUAUCAUGAGUUUGAAACGCCGCCUGGGAAAGUAACCAUUACUUCGCUCCGAGUUGUAGCCAAUCUGGCAACAGCCAACAUGACAAGCAACGGACCUGUCAUCGUUUUCGAGUGGCUGAAGACCCUCCAGCUUGCCCAGUACGUCGAGGCCUUUGUGGAUAAUGGAUAUGACGAUCUGGAGGUUUGCAAACAAAUAGGCGACCCCGACCUGGAUGCCAUCGGCGUCUAUAUGCCUCACCACAGGCAGAAGAUUCACGACGCGGUGAGAAGGCUAAAAGAUGAAGCCAAUGAGACGGCCAGUGGACUCUACUUCACCCUCGAGCCGAUGCCACCUGCAGCUGAGCUUUAUACCGGUCACCUGGUGGACCAGUACGAGUCCAAACUGCGGGGAUCCAAGUCAUGGACAGAGCCCAACAGUGAACGGCUUGGGCGCAACGGUGGGUACAUGGGCGCGCAGAGGAACCUGACGCUGGGCAACAGGAGGGAGCUGGUGAUUUACCCCAAGUUGAAGCUGAAGAUCAUGAUCAGGGAUAAGCUCAUCAGAGAUGGCAUCAACCUCUCGAAGCCACCCUAUUCUAAUAAGGAUGGUUCUCUGGGCAACAUAGAUGACCUUGCCGAGGAGUACUCUGAGUACUACAACACCUGCUUCAGUGACGUCAGUGACCGCAUGGAGGAGCUUCGCAAAAGACGAGUCUCUCAGGAGCUCGACAUGGAGAAACAGGAUCCAAGCAGCACAUCCCUUCAGCUUCGUACUGAGAUCCAGGAAUCAUUAGGCUUCAGCAGUGAGGUGUCCACUCCAGAAACAGACAGAAAAAUGCAGCUGCACAAAUCCAGCUCUGAAGAUGGAUCUGGAGGUAAAUGGGACAAUAAAAAGAAGAACAAAUCUUUUUGGCAGAACUUCCGCAAGUCUCAGCACAAACCAGUCAUGCGGCAGACAUCCAAAGGAGAAGACAUAGGCUAUGUGGCCAGUGAGAUCACCAUGAGCGAUGAAGAGCGAAUCCAACUGAUGAUGAUGGUGAAGGAAAAGAUGAUCACAGUUGAAGAAGCUCUAGCUCGGCUAAAGGAGUAUGAACUCAACAGACAGUCCAGCAGUACUGACACUGCUGAGUGGACUGAGGGAUCUGCAUCCAAUCUAAACCAGUCCUCAAACUGCAACUCUCGUGAACAGUCAGACGAUGAGCAAUCUGAGGACUCUGUGAAGUUCAAACGACUUCACAAGCUGGUUAACUCUACUCGCCGGGUCAGGAAAAAGCUCAUCAAGGUGGAGGAGGGCAAGAAACAUGGCUCUGAAGAUUUUCUGAAUCUGGGGGCACCUCCCACCUGUGAGAACAACACAGCUCUGUACACAGGGGUCCUAAAGAGGCCCCCUCUGCCUCAGGAGAUCUCCCUGCCCUCCCUCGGCCAGGAUCAACUCUCUCAAGAUGGAGAUACAGACAGCCUGACCAACUCCCCCUCCUCCAGCAGCCUGGACACUUGGUCCGGACACAAGCUGGUCAAGACCUUCAGUAAAUCUUCCAGUACCCACGGUCUUAUCCGGCCCCCCAAGAGAACCCCAGUCGGCUCUGCAGGUCUGGAAGACUCCAACUCGGGCGUAGGAGGCAGUGGCUCUUCCUUUUCAGAGCUGGAUGGCUGUGGAUUGGACGAAGAAGGAAAGCUGUCACGCUCCACAACCGACAGCGAGAUGCGGAAGGCUCUGAACUCCAUCUCCCAUGGGAGAACGUGCAGCUUCGGGGGCUUUGACCUGUCUAACCGUUCGCUCCAUGUGCUCAACGCAGGCUCAGAGGCCAAUAAUAAAGAUCAGGAGGCCAUAUACAGAGAAGUGGUCAAAUCCCCCACCACGUCUCGGAUCUCACUGGGCAAGAAGGUCAAAUCGGUCAAGGAGACGAUGAGGAAACGCAUGUCGAAGAAGUACAGCAGCUCCUUUUCUGAGCAGUCUAGUCCGGAUGGAGCCCCUGGCUCACCUCAGCCCCCUCAGCCUGACACAGACUCUCUGGAGAAGCCAAAGCUUAAGGCCGGAGGAUCGGUGGAAAGUCUGCGAAGUUCACUCAGCGGACAGAGUUCAAUGAGUGGUCAGACAGUGAGCACCACUGACUCAUCAGCCAGUAACAGAGAAAGCGUGAAGUCAGAGGAUGGUGAUGACGAAGAGCCGCCUUACAGAGGGCCGUUCUGUGGCCGCGCCCGAGUCCAUACAGACUUCACCCCCAGCCCCUACGACUCAGACUCCCUCAAACUGAAGCGCGGUGAUGUGAUUGACAUCAUCAGUAAGCCACCCAUGGGAACGUGGAUGGGUCUGCUGAACAACAAAGUGGGCACCUUCAAGUUCAUCUACGUGGACGUGCUGAGUGAAGAGGAGGAGAAACCCAAGAGGCCUGUAAGGAGAAGGAGGAAGGGCCGACCCCCCAAGCCCACAUCAGUGGAGGAUUUGCUGGAGCGCAUCAACCUCAAGGAGCACAUGCCCACUUUCCUAUUUAACGGCUACGAGGACCUGGACACGUUCAAGUUGCUGGAAGAGGAGGACCUGGAUGAGCUGAACAUCAAAGAUCCUCAGCACAGAGCCGUGCUGCUCACCGCUGUAGAGCUGCUACAGGAGUAUGACAGCAGCAGUGAUCCAGAGCGCAGCGGCCUGUCGGGCUCCCAGGAAAAGCUGCUUUCUGAGGGCCGGGGCCUUGUGGGAGACUCCCCGCGAGACUCCGGGUGCUAUGAGAGCAAUGAGAACCUGGAGAAUGGUAAGAGCAGGAAGGCCUCUCGUUCCAGUCGUUCUUCAGCCGGCCUCCAUUCUCCCGACUACCCCACCCUGCCCAUGACCCUUUCAACAGAAGCUCUGCAGCAGAACAACAAGAACCAGCGCAAGUUCCCAAAAAACUUUUUCAUCAAACCCUCCCUGAAGGGCUUCAACCUGCUAGGUCUGCAAAAAGCCCAAAGACGGUCCCUCAUCCCGGCCAGCCGCAGCUGUGAGGACCUGGACGGAACCCUACAGACCACUGCACCCUGGAAGCGCUCCCACUCUCUGGGGGAUCUGCACUGGGAGCAGAACUUUGAGCAGAAGGAUCUGUGUGUGGAGCUUAACAGUGCCAAGAAAGAACCAAAAUUAGGCAGCAGUAGCCCCACCAAGGCCUGCAGAGACAAGGGUUCCCCAGCUCAGAACAGGGCUCCAACAGUGAGCCCAAAAGGAAGGGUCAAGAGACCACCCCUGCCCUCACAGCUGCCUCUUCGCCCCCCUUGUCCCCCAACCCAUACCCGCAGUCCUCCAGAGCUCCUCUCCAGUCCUACUCCAAGUCCCCCUGAGUCUAAUACAAGUGGGGAGAGGGUGAUCCGGACUCACGCCAAGAAGCCUCCAGUCCCUCCUCCCGUUCCCGCUAAGAAGUCUAGGGAACGAAUGGCAAACGGACUACGUCACCCCCCUCUCUCCCUGCCCUCUUCCCCAUCACCCACUCCCUCCCCUACCCACUCCCUCAACCGUUCUCACCCCAGUAGCCCUAUAAUCCGCAGCAGCAGCGGCAGCCCAAGCUUCGGGGCGCCUGCUCUGCCUGCUAAGAGCCCGAGCACCCCCGCCAGCCCCUGUGCCACCUCAUCCUCCUCAUCCAUGGGUGAGGACUCAGGCACCCCACCAGCAGUGCAGCCUCCCUGGUUAUCAGACCUUGGUGGCAAGGUGGCUGUUGCAAGGAAGAUCUCCCAUGCCAAGAUGGGUCCUGACCUGCUUACCCUCCUGGAACAACGGCUGGAGGCUGAGGGCAUCGAUCUUACCGAGGAGCCCUACUCUGAUAAGCAUGGCCGGUGUGCCAUCCCCCAGCCGCUGGUGCAGCGUUACUCUGAGGACUUGGAACAGCCUGUGAAGGAUGUGGCCUCCACCAUGGACCAGCUCAGGGUCAAAGAGCUCCGUAAACAACACCGCAUGGCCAUUCCUUCUGGAGGUUUGACUGAAAUGUGCCGGAAGCCUCUGCCCUCAGCUAACAUCAGCACUAUUUCUGAUUGGCUCACCUCCAUCGGCCUUCCCAUGUACGCUACAUCUCUGGCGGCGGCGGGAAUCGACACGCUGAGUGGCGUUGCCUUGUUAACUGAGAGCAGUCUGUGGGAAGCAGGGGUGCGAGAUGAAAGGCACGCUCGCCGGCUGGUCAGUGAGGCCCGAUUGGUCGGCUCCCACAGAGAGGUGCAGUCCUAACAUGCUGGUGGAGUCGUUUAAAAUAACAGGUAUCAACUCACUGGUCAGCAUCUUUUUUUUUUAAAACAUGGUCAAUAUGCGGCCGAAGAGAAAUCGGCCACAGGACUCGCAGAUCGAACGAGUGACCACAGCAUUGCAGUACUUCCUGUCUCGCAUGUGUCAAAGAUUGAAAGUGAGCCUCCCUGCUCGCUUAUUCUCUUUAUCACUUUUUUCUCAAAUGUUUACGAAACUGAGGAGACUCUUACAGCCAAGACAAGAUAUUAGAUGCCUUUUUAAAGAAGACUGUAGACUCUGUGGGAUGGUUUCCUUUCUGAAGACACCCCCUAACGUCUUAAAAUAAAGACUUGGAUCUGCCUUGAAGGAAGAUAGCACACUCUUUUGUAGGAUGGAUGUUUUUUAACUACAGAAAGACGUUUAACUUCCUGCUUAUUUCAUAAGUGCUUCGUUUUUAUCUUUUGUGGCGAGGCAACGUUAUCUGACGGUCUUUAAAGGAAGUAGCUCGGCCAAAGUGAUUUACUCCUCAUUCAGCGUUUCAUUCGCACUAAUAGAUUCACUUAAUAUCUGGACUUUUAAUAAACUAAAUACACACACCAAACUAUGAAUAACUGGUGGUUUUGAGAUGGCUUAUUUUGAAUCAUGUUUCUGUAUUAUAGCAUAACGCAUAUCUUCAUUUUAAAAUGAUUUAUAUGUUAAACAUUUUGUUUGCCUUUUGAAUGUUGCAGCCUUAUUUUGAGGCCCGCUCUCAGUCAUUUCUAAGCUGAAACUGCUGACAUCACAGCUUUAUAUUUCAUUUUAUAUUAAAAGUCCUAUCUCACUGCAUAUCUUGGAUGCGCAGCCUCACGAUCAGCUUUCCCAGUAACAAAACUUUCCCUGUGUAUCCAAGGACAUUUUAAGUUGCCUUACCAUUAUGAAUGAAAAGUUUCAUUAACCCAUGUAUAGUAUCGACUAUACCACCAGGCUGAACUGUGCUUAAAAGUUCACGCCUUUUUGUUCUGAAUGUGACCAGAUCACAUCAGCAACACACAUGGAUGUGGACCACAAAACAUGCCUCUGAUGGAUCGUGGUUUCAAGACCACAUGACAAAAAAAAAAAAGGCAUGACAUACACGUCGCACCAUGUUAAUCACAAAGUCAGUGUUCAUGCUCCAUGCAGAGGGUUGUGGGAUGAGAAAAUUGAAAUGUUCCAAAGGCAUUUCGGCUGUCAUAUCUGGAAUUUAUUGUACUGUCUACUCUUUGGUUACAGUGUUGAACAUUUUGAUUUAUAGCUUGAAAAUAAUCUGUUUGGGACUUUUUAAACCAAUUAUACUGUAGCUAUAAUACAUGUCUGGAAUUCUUUAUUGGAACACAUUGAGGAUACAUGUAGUUGUAUCAGGUGGAAAAAUGACCUCCAAGGCCAGCAUUAACCAUGAUACUAAGUAGUUUCUUAAAUCAGGGAAACAGUGUGUCAGGUCAGCCUGCUACAAAAAGUUUGGGCUAAAAACUGAUAACAAAACCAACCACAUUCGUAUCGCUCUUCCAUUUCACCCUGCAUAAAAUGGAGCUAACGUGUUUUUUUAAUUUCUAACAGCAAAGUUCUUUCAUGGUAAGAACUGACCUGAAGAUUUAUUCCAUGCAGUUCAAAAUUAAAACUUGACCAAGUGGUGUUUCUAAAUUUAGAGUAUGUUUUUUUGUUGCAGUGGGCACUUGAUAGCUAGAUGUUUGAUGCCUUUUUAUUUCUUCAAUCAAAAGUGGUGCUCUGAAAAGCGUGGGUGGGGGUCAUUUUCUUUUAAAAGUGAGAGACUCAAGAAGUGUUUUGUAAAGAAUGAAAAUACUGACACUGUAAAUGCACUUUAGAGGGUAAAUCUAGCUGUUUUGUAGGCAGAAUUGGCUACAUUUUGUUCACAGGUCCAUAAAUGGACAUUUGUUGUCAGGUAUUUCAAAGGGUUUCAGUAGGAUAUGCUGGUAUUUUAUUUUAGUUUUGAGUUCCCAAUGCCAAGUUUGCUAACAUCCACGGGUUAACCAUUUCCAGUUACUCACUUCCAGUUUGUUUUUGCAGUCUUCUUAAAAAAUAAAUGAUUAAUUACAUAUAUGAAAUGCUUUGCAAAACCUGCACAUUCUGUAUAUGUAAUUGAUAUUUAUAUAACUUAUUUUUGCUUUUCUUUUUUUUUUCAUAUUGACUGUAAUUAGCUGUACUAUAUGAAUAGCAAUACCUUCCUGCAAAAUGCAUAUUGCUUUAGCCAGUGAGGAACUACAGUAUGUAUUGUAAAAUAUGUGUACAAAUUAUUUUAUUUGGUUUUCAUCUACCUAAUGAUUGUCCAUACAGAUUUGCUUGUGUAUUGAAACAACAAAAGUAAUGUCCAUAACUAUGUCAUUCUGAAAUAUAAUAAAAAACUGUUUCUUGCCAUA